CUGGAUGUUGCGAUCGCUGCAGAUAGCUAAAGGUUGGGGGCAGCCGCUCUUGGAGGGGCAUCUUGUUUCAGUGAUCUUGAUCCUGGUGAUGCACAAAAUUGUCAAGUGAGCUGUCGCAACCAUGGGAAAUCCCUACUUUGACCCCGAGUACCAGCCGUACACGCCUUCGGUGCUGAUUGGGACGUCUGUCCUGUUCAUGAUACUUCCCAUUGCCGCUGUGGCCUUGAGGUUCUACUCAAGGAGUCUGGUGCAGGCCAACUUGGCAAUCGAUGACUGGAUUACCAUUCCGUCUGCCAUUAUUUGCAUAGGGCUGGCCGUGAACCAAAUCAUUGCCGCGGUUUAUGGCGGACUCGGCGGCCACCAGGAGCUUGUCGACGGCCAACUCGCCCACACCGAGCAACUCUACGCUUACGAGAAGACCAAGUACACGUACCACGUCCUCGGGACGCUGGGUCUCUGGGUCAUCAAACUGUCGGUCCUUCUCUUCUACCGCCGCAUCUUUCAAGUUCGCAUCUUUCGCAUCGUCAACGAUGUCUUCAUUGGCCUCACGGUCGCUUGGGGUCUGGCAUUCACAUUUGCCGUCGCGUUCCAAUGCUGGCCCGCGCAUAUGUUCUGGGAGGCCUUUGAAUCCGAGUACCCUCUAUACUGCGUCAACGUCAAGUCGUUCUACCUCGCUGUGGCCGUGUCCGACCUGAUCCUGGACAUUAUGAUCUUUGUCCUGCCUAUGCCGCAUCUGGCGACGCUGAAGAUGCCGUGGCGGAGAAAGUUGGCUGUUGGUGGCAUUUUCUUCCUUGGUUCCAUCGUUGUCGCGAUUGGCAUUGUGCGCCUUAUCAUUUUCCAGUGGGUCAUCGAGCUCAUGGAUACCGACCCCAUGAUCUUCGUCAUGGACGCGACUUGGUACUCGGCCGGUGUGCUCUUCUGGCAUCUGGCAGAGAAUGUCAUCGGUCUAAUUGGUUGCUGCCUGCCAACCUACAGGCCUUUCUUCAAGCGAUUCUUGCCCAAGCUCCGUCUGGGUUCGUCCAACAGAUCAACCGCUGCCUCCAAAUUCAACUCGACGAAGAGCAAGAACUCUGAGUACCAGCGCCAGCACGACGAUGACUGGCCGCUCAGCCGCGCUACUGCAGCAACGGGGGGUUCUUCGAGCUCCAGCACGGGUGACGAGGAGCAUGCACUUGGGAACCUGCCGAGAGACGGAAUUCUUGUGUCAAAGGAGUUUGGGACUGAUUCUACAAUCGUCCAUGAUGGGCAACCACGGGCGCUUUGACAUGCACGUACUUUACUAUAGACUGCUUAGCGGCGUUAUUUGCUUUGUAAAUAUGUCAUUCUGGCACCACGACGAGUCUGUGUUGUAGCACUGAAGUCUAGCAGUGAAUUGCUAAUUUCCCUGAUGCCGACACAAGGUAUCAUUGUUUGAAGGUGGCCUGAGCUCCGUUUUGUGAUUCACAAACACUCAAUAUAUAAUUAAUUAUCCUCCGCGCCGUCACUUAGUGCUAUAAAGGCUAUUUCGAAUCAUUAAUCUUCUCCCCUCCCUCUGACCCAUCCAGCCUGCUGUGAUACUCUGCAAACAAUGCCGCAACUGUCGUUCCACUCACUAGCAAGCCGCCCC